AUGCCCAGCGUCCGCCUCCGCGUCGGCCUCCUGGCGGCCCUGGCGGCGGGCGGCGCUGUCGCCCUGCUUGGCUACUGCGUCUACCUGGACCGGAGGCGGCGCAGGGACCCCGGGUUCCGGCGCUGCCUGCGGGACCGGAGAAGAGCUGGAGAGCCCAAGGCCCAGGCGUGGGCCAGGCAGUUAUGGGAUCCAGCAAGGAAGGAAAAACUACAAGAAUUUUUUUUGCAAGAGGUGCAGAUGGGACAAAUUUGUUUAAUUAGAGGAGAGCCUGGAAUAGGGAUUGAACAUCUCACCAAUGCCCUUUUAGUGUGUGGGCAGCCGAAGGAGCUUCUGAGGUUUUUCAAACAAACCCUCCCUCCUGAGGUAUUUCAGAUGCUAUUGUACAAAAUUCCCCUUAUUUGCCAGCAACUUGAGGCAGACAUGUAUGAACAGAAGUACUUAAAGGAUGGUCCUGACUGAACACCUCAGCGCAUCACAACUCAGACAGAAUACUGUGUUCUGUACAGUAAAAACAACGC